GGGAGGUCGGUCUGUUACCUGACUUUUAUCUGUUUGCGAUUCGAGAGUGAGAGAGAAAGAGAUCUGCUUUAGGUUUUCGUUUCCAUCGUACUGAAAGGAAGCGUCUUUCUUCUGAGUGGAGGCUUUCAACAAAUCAUGGAAAUAGACGAUGAUUACGUGGAGUAUGUUCCAGUGGCGAAGCGUAGAGCGAUAGAAGAGCAGAAGUUUCUCCAACGGAAGGGAAAAGUGUUAGAGCUGGAGGAAGAAUCCUCGGAGAAGGAGAAGCUCGCCGAAUCCAAACCUAGCUUGCUCGUCCAAGCAACUCAGCUCAAGCGCGAUGUACCCGAAGUCAGCGCCACCGACCAAAUCAUCCUACAAGAGAAGGAGAUGAUGGAGCAUCUCUCCGACAAGAAGACCCUCAUGUCUGUUCGUGAGUUAGCCAAAGGUAUCACUUACACGGAGCCUCUUCUAACAGGCUGGACCCCUUUGCGUAUUAGGAAGAUGUCGAGGAAGCAGAUGGAUCUGAUCAGGAAGCAGUGGCAUAUCAUUGUUAGCGGUGAAGACAUUCCUCCUCCCAUCAAGAGCUUCGAGGAUAUGAAGUUUAAGAAACCUAUUCUGGCGACGCUCAGGGAGAAAGGGAUAGUGCAGCCGACUCCUAUUCAAGUUCAGGGUCUUCCUGUGAUUCUGUCUGGGAGAGAUAUGAUUGGGAUUGCCUUCACCGGUUCUGGGAAGACGAUGGUUUUCGUGCUUCCGAUGAUUAUGAUUGCUCUCCAGGAGGAGAAGAUGAUGCCUAUUGGUCCUGGAGAAGGUCCCAUUGGCCUUAUUGUCUGUCCCUCUAGAGAGCUUGCUAGGCAGACUUAUGAUGUUGUUGAACAGUUUGUCGCUCCUUUGGUUCAGGCUGGUUACCCGCCUUUGAGGUCUUUGCUUUGCAUUGGAGGUGUGGAUAUGAGGUCCCAGUUGGAUGUUGUCAAGAGAGGUGUUCACAUUGUUGUUGCUACCCCUGGCAGGUUGAAGGACUUGCUCGCCAAGAAAAAGAUGAACUUAGAUGCCUGCAGGUACCUGACACUGGAUGAGGCAGAUAGGUUGGUUGAUUUGGGUUUCGAAGAUGAUAUCAGGGAAGUCUUUGACCAUUUCAAGUCCCAGCGUCAAACACUUCUCUUCUCUGCCACUAUGCCCACCAAAAUUCAGAUCUUUGCCAGAAGUGCUCUGGUGAAGCCUGUGACUGUCAACGUAGGAAGAGCUGGAGCUGCCAAUCUCGAUGUCAUCCAGGAGGUUGAAUACGUCAAACAAGAAGCAAAGAUUGUUUACCUCCUCGAGUGCCUGCAGAAAACCUCUCCACCGGUUUUGAUUUUCUGUGAGAACAAGGCUGAUGUUGAUGAUAUCCACGAGUACUUGUUACUGAAAGGAGUGGAAGCAGUCGCUAUCCACGGAGGAAAAGAUCAGGAGGACAGAGAGUACGCCAUCUCUUCGUUCAAAGCCGGGAAGAAAGACGUCUUGGUGGCGACUGACGUUGCUUCCAAGGGUCUCGAUUUCCCUGAUAUUCAGCACGUGAUCAACUACGACAUGCCUGCGGAGAUUGAGAACUAUGUGCAUAGGAUAGGAAGAACAGGACGGUGUGGGAAAACUGGGAUAGCAACAACGUUUAUAAACAAGAACCAAAGCGAGACCACGCUGCUGGAUCUGAAACACUUGUUGCAAGAAGCUAAACAGAGGAUUCCGCCUGUCCUUGCUGAGCUGAAUGAUCCGAUGGAGGAAGCAGAGAGCAUUGCGAAUGCAAGUGGUGUCAAGGGUUGUGCUUACUGUGGGGGUCUGGGACAUCGUAUUAGAGACUGUCCAAAACUUGAGCAGCAGAAGAGUGUGGCAAUAUCAAACUCCAGGAAAGACUAUUUUGGCUCUGGUGGAUACAGAGGAGAGAUCUAAUCUGUGUUCCAAUCUUGUAUCCCUUUUGCAAGUUCUUAUGAUCUAGCUGUCACUGACUUUCAUAUGUAAAAGGUGACAAACGUAUAAUGUGUGUUUUUGAAAGCGACCUACUGUGUUACAAACUUGCAAUAGAUAUUUGUUUCUUCA